AUGGAAAAUAAAUGUUAUGAAAAAGAUUUAAUCAAGGAAAUAUUAUUGGAGAAUUUACCAAUAAAUGAUAGAAUUCAAAUUAGAAAUAAAUUAAAAUUAGAAGAAUUUGAUUUACUAAAGGAUGAAAUUUGGGAAAAAAUCAAGAAAGAUAUAAAAGGUAAUAUUAUAAGAACUAGUAUUAUUGGGUUAUUUAAUAUAAUACAAAAUUUAAGAUUGAAUUAUGAUAAAAGUGACAAAGUUUCUCAAUAUUGUGAUAAUAUACAAGAAUUGGUAAUAUUAGAUUCAAAUGAAAAUGAGGAAUGGAAUAAAUUAUUGGAAUUAUUAUUUAAAGAUAAAAAUGAAAAUAUUGGAAUAAUUACAUUUAAAAAUAUUAAUAAAAUAAAAUUUAUAAAUAAUAAUAUAAUAUUAAAUAAUUUUGAAAUGAAUUAUUGGUUAGAUUGGUUAUUUGAUAAUAUAACUUUAAAAGGAAAUCCUGGAAUAGAAUUAUAUUUUAAAGAUUGUAGAUUUUAUAUUAAAUCAAAAUUUUCAAAUUUAAAAAUUGAUAAUAAGAGAAGAAGAAUUUUAGAUAUAAAUAAUAAUAAUGAUUUAAAAGAAACUAUUAAUAUGAAAGAAAAUGAAUCAUUUAUGUAUACAUUAUUAAUAAAAAUAAGAGAUUAUCAACAAAAAAGAGAAAAAUCAGAUAAUAAAGAAGAUCAUAAUUUUAUAAAUUUGAAUAAUUAUCAAUAUAAAAAUCAUAUAAAGGAGAAAUUAUUAAGUUUUAAUUUGGUUAAUAUUGUAAUUGAUGAAGUUCAAUUAAAAAAUAUAUUAAAUUUAAUAUUAAAUGAUAUUAAACUUAAUUUGUCAGAGUUAAACAUAAGUCAAUUAUUAAUAUUUAAAACAAAUCAAUUAAAUAAAAAUCAAAUAUAUUUAAGUAAUAUAUUAAAAUAUAUGAAUUUUAAUCAAAUAAGUUCAAAUUUAGUUAAUUUAAGAAUUUUAUCAUUUCAUGGUAAUCAUUUAAUUGAUGAAGAAGCAUUAUUUAUAUUAAAUUAUUUUAUUAAAAUGAUUUUAUAUAAUAAUCAAAAUAUUAAUACAAAUUUUACCAAGUAUAAAAUUUAUUUUGAUUUUUCUAAUAAUUUUAUUCAAGAUAAUUUCUUAAAUAAUAUUGAAAAAUUGAUUUUGGAAUUAAGUAAUAAUAAUAAUAAUAAUAAUAAUAUAAUAGAACUGAAGAUUAAUUUAACAGGAAAUCCAAUCAAUAAAGUUUUUAUAUUAAAUAAAUCAUUUCCUGAUAAUAUUCAUAUUGUUUUUGAUUAUUUGUUACCCUUAACAUUUUCAAAUGAUUUACUAAAUAAUUUGAAUAAUAAAAAAAAUUCAAUUUCAAUAGAAUCAUCUAGUCAUGAAAAAAAUCAAGUAUUGAAUUUAAAUAAUUCUCAAUUACAAACAUUAUUACCACCAAUAAUAUCAUCGCAAUCUAUAAAUAAUGAAGAAUAUCAAGUAAUAAAUGAUAAUUCUCAAAUUUCAAAUGAAUCUUUUUUUGACAAAAAUAUUUCUUUAAACAAUAUUGAUCAAUCUAAUGACGAUUCCUUGUAUGACUCUGAUGAAGAUGAAGACUAUGAGUCAGAAUCUGAAGAGUCGGAAUCGGAAUCGGAAUCGGAAUCAGAAUCAGAAUCAGAAUCAGAAUCAAAAUCAAAAUCAGAAUCAGAAUCAAAAUCAAAAUCAAAAUCAAAAUUCGAAUCAAAAUCUGAAUCCGAAUCAAAAUCUCAGUCAAGGUCAGAUGAUCAUAAUCAAAUUAUUGAAAAGAAUGGAAAAGAAGAAAUUGAAGAAAAAAAAACUAAAAUUAAAAAAAAAGAUAAGGUCUUAAUUGUACAAGAAGAAAAUGUUAUCGAGUCAUUAAUAUUUGAAACUAAAUUAAAUCACUUGAAUUUUAAAAAAAACCAAGAAAAAUGGAAUUAA